GAGCAGAUCAGAGAUGAGCUGGCAGAACAGAAAGAACGACAGAGCGAAGUGAGGAACUUCAUCAAAGCUUGUAGAGUGAUGGAGCAGAGGGUCUCUGAGGACAUCCAGGCUGUCAGGACUCACCUGGAGAAAUAUGGAUACCAGGCUCCCUGUGACGCCCCCACACCAGGCAAGCUGAGAGAUCAGGAAGCAGAGGCUGAAAGUAAAGAAGAUAAGAGCAGCUCGACUGUGGGUGAAGAGGGAAAGCAGGAGGAGGACGAGGGGGUUCAGUGCUCGUCCCCUCCUCAGAACGAGGAGCAGCUCCCCACUGAUGCGAUGCGAACCCCUCAGCUCUCAGAUUUCGGUCUGUCUGUCAUGCAGCUGAAGAGAUCUUUAGCUGCUGCAGAGUGGUCCUCUGAGGUUCCCCCCAUGCCCGAGCUCAACCUGYCCUUACUCAAAACACCGGUCCCACCCACCAUGGCCAUGACUCCUAAACGGGCCCUGCAGAUGGACGAGGAGGAGCUUCAGAUGCCUCAGAUGCACCACUUUGGCAUCUUUGAGCAAACCAUGUGUUUGAACAACGACUUCACGAUGAAUUUAUUACUGAAAAAGUCUGAAAAGAGACCACAAGAUCCAGCAGCACCAACAGUGACCUCAGAGGAGGAGAGUCUGCAGACUAAAGCUGACAAGUUAAACUCUCCAGAGCUGCCUUCUCUUUGCGCUCCGGGGUUGAAGAUGAAAAAGGCAAACGGUUUCACACCGGAGCCAAACAAAGGUGAGCCAGCAUGUCCAGGUCRCCCUGGAAGUUCACCGUCCACUCCUGAGGUUCCUCCGUUUCAAACACCGUAUUUAAAACGACUUGGUGGCACCAAAAAGAGUGAGCAGCCUGAGCCCAUCAACAUGCAGUCUGAUGAAGACAACUACAUCUUCCAUCUUGAAACACCUUGUAAUGGUUCAACAAAACACAAGUGGGAGUACAAAGUGCCAGAAAUGACUAUCUUUGGUGUGGAGGACAAGCAGAUGCCGGAGAUUCCUCAGUUGCAGUCUUCUCUGGGACAUUAUUUACAAAUUAAAAAUAAAAACACAAUGAACAUGUGUGAGAAUGGCAGAGAAGGAAAGGACACCAGUCUGGAACUGGAUGGACCCGACCACGAGUUCAGCCUGGGAACACCUCGCAUCAGAAGCAUCUACCAGGAACCGAGCACCCCUGAAAUGCCGGACCUCAGCUCCGUUACCCAGGACAUCUGUAAACUUCUGUUCCAGGCUCAGAAGAAAAAGACAACGGCUGCAUCCCAGCAGACUCACGUCACGACAGACAACAACAGAGAGUGUCCUGUUCCACAAACAAAAUGCCUGUCUGCGGUGUCCCGGGGCGAGUUUCAGACGUUACCAGGCUACCUGAGGCAGAUGACUCUGAGCAGCUUGAACCAGGCGAUCGACAACAUCAACAGAUACGUGACAGAGUGUGGCG